AUGAAGUCAUACGUACUCCAGACUAGAGCUAUGCAUGAAACACACACCGGAGUGCACAUUGCAGAGGUACUCAAAGCGGCAGUGAAUGAGUGGAGUCUUGACGCCAAGAAGCCCAUGGUUGUCACCGACAAUGCGACUAACGUGUGUUGCAAUGGAGCUAACAGGCUACCAACACGUCAGAUGUUUUGCACUCGUUUUAAAUCUUGUGCAUCUCAACGAGCUCUGAAGGUAGCUGCUGUUGCCAAAGUACUAGCCAAAGUGAGGAGGAUCUCAACCUUCUUCCAUAGAAGCACAACAGGAGCAGAAGCCCUGAAAAGAAACCAGAAGCUCCUUGGCCUCCCCAAUCACAAGCUCAUCACAGACAUGCCUGUGUGCUGGAACAGAGCCUUUGAGAUGGUCUCCAGGUUUCUAGAACAACAGCCAGCUGUGUGUGCUUCUCUUUUAGCUCCUGAGGUGAGGAAGAAUGUGACUGACUGCGCUCUGAUAGAGAAUGACAUCUCAAGUGCUGAGGAGAUGGUGGAAGCCCUGAGACCAAUGCUUGUAGCAACAAACAUCAUGUGUGAGGAAAAAAAUCCCACAGUGUCAGUAAUCACCCCUCUUCAUGCCCAACUGCUAAGACACAAGAAUGAAUGAAAAUGAUUCUCCUUUAAUUAGAGCGAUUAAGGCAGCAAUCCAUCAAGACCUCUCAAAGAGGUAUCACACUGAUGAAGAAAAAGAUCUCCUGCACAUGGCCUCAGCUUUAGACCCUAGAUUUAAGUCUCUUUUAUUUUUGUCACCUGAAGAAGUCCAGGACACAUAUGCAAAACUGCAGCUUUAAAGGGGGAUCUUCCAGUGCCUUGUGAUCAUGCAGAGAGAGAUGAAGAGCUUCCAUAGACCAGCAACAGUGACACCUGACCUACAAAGAAGAUAAAGUCUGCACUUGUGGAUCUUCUUGGUCAGACCUUCAACAAGACAACUAAUGUCUCCAUAUCAGCAGCCUCCAUUGCAGAGAAGGAAGAAGCUCCUUCUCUGCCUCUCACUGAAGAUCCACUGCUGUGGUGGAAAGCCCAGGCACAUGCGUACCCUCUCCUCUCCAAACUGGCCCACAUACAUCUGUGUAUUCCUGGAACCAGUGUAGCAGCUGAGAGGGUCUUCUCAACUGCAGGAGACAUUAUUAGUACUCAACAAAGUGCAUUCACUCCUGCACAUGACCAACUGCUCUUCCUCAAGAAAAAUAUGAACAUAUGAAAAACAUAACAAAACAAAACAAACUGUUCAAACAUUACCUCAGGCUGAAAUGUUUGUUUCUGGUUGCAGUUGAAAGUAUAUUACAAACCUGCUAGUGUUUAUUUUAUAACUUUAUAAAUAAUUGUUAUUUGAAAGCAGUUGCAACAGCCUAAUUUUUUGGUUUUGUAUUAUUUAAAACAGUUAAACAUCUCUCCUUAGAGAUUUAGUUUUUGUUUACAGCAAUUUUGCACUUAAGGAUGUUACUGUUAACGUAAACAAAGACACUAAAAUGGUUAUGAUGGCACUUUGUGAACCAUUAAUAAGCUUACAACUUCAUUGUACUUGAAAUGUUGCUGUUGAAAAGAAAGUAUUUGCACUGCAUUAAUGUUCAUUGAGUUGCACAAAAAAUAAACUGGGAGUAAAACAGA